AUGCCAUACGCCGUUCAAAACAUGUUCAUCCUACUCGGUCCGGCCCUCUUCGCAGCUUCGAUAUACAUGUGCUUGAGUCGCAUCAUCCGUGGCAUCCGCGCCAACCAUCUCUCGCUCAUUAAGCCGCAAACCCUCACGAAGACAUUCGUCAGUGGAGACGUUCUUUCGUUCUUGGUGCAAGGCGGUGCAGCUGGUCUCAUGGUAACCGGCAAAGCCAAGAUUGGAGAAGGCAUUGUGAUCGCCGGUCUGUUGAUCCAGGUCAUCAUGUUCGGACUUUUUGGCGCAACUGCAAUCAUCUUCCAGACGCGCAUCAAACGCUGUCCCACACCUGAGUCUCGCAGCUCCGCUAUGCCUUGGCAGAAAAGCAUGCGUAUGCUCUUCAUUGUCAGCGUGCUGAUUAUGAUUCGAUCGCUUUUUCGCGUGGUCGAAUAUGCGUUGGGUAAUGAUGGGUAUCCACUCAAGCACGAGUGGACUUUAUACAUGUUCGACUCAGUCAUAAUGUUCGCCGUGAUGGUCGUUUACUAUCUCUGGUAUCCGACGUGGAUUAAUUUGGACAAGAUGGAGCCUGAGAGUUAUGGUAUCAGUUGA